UACAUUUUGUAGGAGAAAAAACAUGCCGUCUCGUUCACUUGCCGAACUUAACGAUGCAUCAAAGAUGAAAGUUAACGAAGUAGUCACUCAUCAACUUAACAAUGUACCCAUCAUCAAAGGUCAUUUCCAAAAUUUGCCGCAAAAAGUUCAAUUGUUCGUUGCCGAAAAGGCUGAUCUGUUAACACCACGUGCGAUUUAUAUUUGUGAUGGUUCCGAAACAGAAUACAAUGAACUGAUUGGAGAAUGCUUGGAAGCAGGUGUUUUGACACCAUUGAAGGCAUACAAAAACAAUUAUCUGUGUCGUACGGACCCACAUGAUGUAGCUCGUGUUGAAUCGAAGACAUGGAUGAUUACUCCGGAAAAAUACGAUUCGGUUUGUCAUACACCGGAAGGAGUAAAGUCAAUCAUGGGUCAAUGGAUGUCACCAGAACAAUUUGGCAAUGAGUUGGAUAACCGUUUUCCGGGCUGCAUGAAUGGUCGUACAAUGUACGUAAUACCAUUUUCAAUGGGUCCUGUUGGUGGUCCACUUUCCAAAAUUGGGAUUGAACUUACCGAUUCAGUAUAUGUUGUACUGUGCAUGAAAACUAUGACUCGAAUGGGUGCACGAGUCUUGAAUGAGCUACAGAAAGGAGGCGGUCAAUUCGUGCGUUGCAUCCAUUCAGUUGGACAACCACGUCCUGUUCUCACCAAGGUUAUUAACAGUUGGCCAUGCAAUCCAGAGAAAACAAUCAUUGCGCAUCGUCCAGCGCAGCGUGAGAUCUGGUCAUUCGGUUCCGGAUAUGGUGGUAAUUCACUUCUAGGCAAGAAAUGUUUUGCUCUUCGGAUUGCCAUGAAUAUCGGUUAUGAUGAGGGUUGGAUGGCUGAACAUAUGCUGAUUAUGGGUAUUACCAGUCCGCAGGGAAAAGAACGUUUUGUUUGUGCGGCAUUUCCAUCCGCAUGCGGUAAAACAAAUUUGGCAAUGCUUGAGCCAACUGUUCCUGGAUGGAAAGUGCGUGUUGUUGGCGAUGAUAUUGCUUGGAUGAAAUUUGGCGCUGAUGGUCGUUUGUAUGCCAUUAACCCGGAGGCCGGUUUCUUCGGCGUAGCACCUGGGACAUCUCAUAAAACAAAUCCUAUGGCAAUGGCGAGUUUCCAGGAAAAUUCCAUCUUCACAAAUGUUGCCGAAACCGCUGAUGGUGAAUAUUUCUGGGAGGGACUUGAGAAGGAGCUAAAGAAUCCAAAUGUUGAUAUGGUUGAUUGGCUAGGAAAACCAUGGCAUCUUGGAGACUCGACGAAAGCGGCCCAUCCAAACUCACGAUUCACUGCACCUGCAGGUCAAUGUCCAAUCAUUCAUCCAGAUUGGGAAAAACCUGAAGGUGUACCGAUCGAUGCAAUCAUUUUUGGCGGUCGAAGGCCCGAAGGUGUACCGCUUGUAUUUGAGUCACGCAGCUGGGUGCACGGUGUCUUUGUGGGCGCAUGCGUAAAAUCAGAAGCUACUGCAGCUGCUGAAUUUUCGGGUAAACAAAUUAUGCACGACCCAAUGGCUAUGCGACCAUUCAUGGGCUACAAUUUUGGACGAUACAUGCGUCACUGGAUGAAACUUGGACAACCGCCACACAAGGUGCCGAAGAUCUUCCAUGUCAAUUGGUUCCGUACAACUGCAGAUGGCAAAUUUUUGUGGCCUGGUUAUGGCGAAAACAUUCGUGUUUUGGACUGGAUUCUAAGACGAUGUGAUGGUGAUAACAGUAUUGGCCUCGAGUCGCCAAUCGGUUAUAUACCAAAAGAGGGUUCGAUUAACCUCAAUGGUCUUCCAAACAUUAACUGGGCUGAAUUGAUGUCACUGCCGAAAAAAUACUGGGUAGAGGAUAUGGAAGAAACCAAACAUUUCUUCGAGCAACAGGUUGGCUCAGAUCUUCCACCUGAAAUCGCAAAGGAGCUUGAAGAGCAGACAGCGAGGAUCAAAGCUAUGCCAUGAUUUCAGCUCUUAAGAACAACAAUGAUGAAAUGACCUUUUUUCCCUCAAAUGUUCUCAGUGACUAUUAGGGUCUGAAAUACACUUCUAUUUAUAAUUUGUAGGUUCAUACAGUUAUCUUUUCUAGAUAUCUAUAAGUUAUUGCCGUACAUAGAAUGAUCAGUAAAAUCUCCCAAGGAGAUAAUGCAGUAAGCUGAUUGACUUCUUAUCAUGUUCAAGCAUUUGCGUAAACUGAUUAUUCGAUGUUCAUGUGUUUGUUCGAGAUCCUUCUGAUGCAAUUUUUUAUUACUUUCUAUUUUAUAAAUGUUAAUAGUUGC